AUGCCGCAUUCUUAUGGUAUCCGCGCUCGUACGCGGUACAUGUUCUCUCGUAAAUUUCGAGAUCAUGGAGCUAUUAGGCUUUCAACUUACCUCAAAAUAUAUAAGGUCGGCGAUAUCGUUGACAUAAAGGCCAACGGUGCUGUCCAAAAGGGUAUGCCUCACAAGUUCUAUCAUGGUCGCACUGGUAUCAUUUAUAAUGUAACAAAAUCUGCUGUCGGUGUUAUCAUUAACAAACGUGUUGGCAAUCGUUACAUUGAAAAACGGGUUAACGUUCGCAUUGAGCAUAUCAAACAUUCGAAAUGCAGAGAUGACUUUUUACGUCGUGUUAAAGAAAAUGCAAUUAAGAAAAAAGAAGCUAGGGCAAAAAAUGCUCCUCGAACUGCUCGUUUUGCCUCAACCAACAAGAACCUUCCAACGACUAUCACACCUAUCCCAUAUGAUACUCUUGUCUAA